AUGCCGUUUGUCACCAGUUCUGGAAAUGUUGUUGAACAACAACCAUGGGGUUUAAGAUAUUUCAAGCAACUACUUUUCAACCUUUUUCAUAUCAUCUGUCUAUUUUUUCAAACGAUGUUACCAUUAGAUUAUCUAACCAAAGAAGUUCAUGGGAUGGGAGACCACCACCUCGACCACCUGGACGACGAUUCGGAGGAUUUGGAAGCUGUAGAGAUGCACCUGGUUGUCCCCCGAUGGCUGGUGGUGGUGGAUGAGGUUAACUCGUCUUUGGAGUAA